UUUUGUCUUUUCAGAGCUUCCGUUGGAUUUAGGUCACGUGGUUUUGUUUACUAGGAAGUGCAGCUACCGUUGGAUGAGUUUGCUGCUGUACCUGAUUUAGCUUGAGAAUAAGUAAAGUUUUCCACAUGGUUGCUUGCAGAUUUCAACCCAGCAGUCAUGCGGUCGUUGAACUUUGUGCAGCGUGUCAGUUUGGACUUUACAGGAACCAUAUUUCCUCACGCCAUCUGUCUGGGAGACGCAGACAACGACUCGCUGAACGAGCUGAUUGUUGGAGACACAAGUGGAAAGCUACUUGUUUACAAGAAUGAUGAAUCCAAGCCCUGGAUCACAAGAAUCUGUGUGGGAAUGCUGACCUGUGUCGCAGUCGGAGAUGUCUGCAACAAGGGAAAGAAUCUCGUUGUAGCUGUGGGCGCAGAAGGAUGGUUCCAUCUCUUUGAUCUGACGGGCGUGAGCAAAUCAGACUCCUCCAGCCAGCAUGAAGUCCUAUGUCCUGACGAUCAGAGACCCUUCUUCACCCAACAUAUUCCUGCUAACACUAAAGUCAUCCUCAUCAGUGAUAUUGAUGGAGAUGGGCGCUGUGAGUUGGUGGUGGGGUACACAGACCGAGUGGUUCGAGCAUUCCGCUGGGAGGAGCCCUCAGACAGCUCGGAUGGGGGAUCCGGUCAGCUGGUUCUCCUAAAGAAGUGGCUACUGGAGGGACAGGUGGACAGUCUGUCUGUGAACCCGGGUCCUGAAGGUUUACCCGAGCUCAUGGUGUCCCAGCCGGGCUGCGGCUACGCCAUCCUGCUCUGCACCUGGACACAACAGGACUCCACCGAGUCUGAGGAUGACGCCCCUGCCACGCCCAGCAGCGAGGGGCCUUCCAGAGAUGUAGUUCUCUACCUGACCAGCGGACGGAUACACAACAAGAACGUUUCUACUCAUCUUGUCGGCAGCAUAAGCAAAGGUUCAAAAGAGGAAUCCUCUAAACGUGGACUGUUUGCACUUUGUACUUUAGAUGGGACCCUGAAGCUGAUGGACAGCUCAGAGCAGCUCUUGUGGUCAUUUCAGGUCGAUCAUCAGCUGUUUGCUCUGCAGAAACUCGAUGUCACUGGAGAUGGUAGAGAGGAGGUGGUGGCCUGCGCCUGGGAUGGUCAGACCUACAUUAUUGACCACAACAGGACUGUGGUGCGGUUCCAGUUUGACGAGAACGUCAACGCCUUCUGUGCAGGUCAGUACACGUGUAAGGAGGGUAAAAACAGCCCCUGCCUGGUCUACGUCAGCUUCAACCAGAAAAUCUACAUCUACUGGAAGGUGGAGCUGGAGCGGAUGGAGUCCACCAACCUGCUGCGAGUGCUUGAGGAGAGGCCUGAAUUUAAAAGCCAGUUGAAGGCUCUGGGAGUUGACGCUGAGGAUUCGUCUGCAGUGAGAGAUCUGGUGGCGACUGUUCUCUACCAGGAUGCACACACUUAGCACGGCGACAGAUUUUCUAUAUUCUCUUCCCAAUGUAAAAACUGUGCUGAUAAAGACUGUGCCCCAUGCUGCCGGUCUUUUUUGUGUGGUACCUGCAGCAGGACGUGUCAGGCUGGGUGUUUGAAUAAGCUGCUGCUGGCCAUAAUCUCAGACUUCCACAUUGCUGCUGUCAUUUGUAUUCUGUCUGCCCAGGUUGUUUCCUAGCAAGACAGGGGGAGGAUGAAAGCGUGAGGCACAUUGCAAGGGAAAUGCUUCAGCUGUUCAACCCGCUGUUUUUACUGGAGUAAAAAAGAUCAACACAGCCAUUAUGUUGCUGUCAAAUCACCACUAACUCACUGCUGUAAAACAUUUCCCCUCCUAUUUUUCAUCCUCUACAGGAUCUUUUAUCUAGUGAAUUCUCUUAAAUAUAUAAAGGCCUACAGAUGUUACAUAAUACAGCAUAUGUUACAUAAUAAAACAGGCAGGAAGACGGCAGUGUUGUCUCACAGCUGAGCAGCAAUGUCCUCGAAGGGUGUGAUGCUGGGGGGGAUCACCCACUGUUCCUCUGGGGAGGAUCCUAUAACCAUAAAUGUUGGCUGCCUCUGUCUUAUGAAAAAUAAAUGAUUUGUGUUUGGUUUAACUGAGGGAAGGUUCAGGUGUGUUGGGAGGCCACAACCUCUCAUCUACCCUGUGUGUCUGCCCUUUAGAGACUCGCUCAACCCUACAUCAAGAGUUUCACUGAUUAGUUCAAUUGUUCUGCAACCUUUGCUUUUUGUGAGGAAACUCCAAAUUCUUAUAAUUUCACAUUUGAUUUCUGAGUAUCGGAUACAAAACCUUAGAUAAAUAUAACCAUACCUUUAGUUAAAUUUCUCAGAAAUACAUGCAUAGAAAUUAGUUAUCUCAUUAUAUCAAAGAUAAAAGAUCCAGUUUUGCCAUGAAAUCAGUUAAUUAUCUCAUAUCUCAAGAUAUAUUUUACUUGUUUUGACAUAACAUUUCAUUAUCUCAAGAUACCAGAACUUGCUUGACAGCAUGACAACAGUUUCGUCAUCGCAACAUCAUCAAGAUAUCGGAGUUUGUUUUAACUUCCAAGUGUGGUCAUUAUUUCAAGAUUACAGAAAUCAAUUUGUUGUAAUUAUUUACCUUCUCAUUAUUUUGAAAUAAGAGUUUGUGUUUUCACAUAUAUAUCAGUAUUUCAAGAUGCAAGCUAUUUCAUUGUUGAAAAUUAAAAAAAAUGUGUCAUAACUGA